AUGGAAUCGCCGCCUGUGACGCCGGAGGAGUCGCACAUCGUCGCUCACCGAUCUUCCUCCUUCACCGCGCUGCGAUCGCUCAACAAGACGUUGAAGGCGCAGCGUCUCUCCGCGUCAAACGCGUCGCCCGCACCCACCAGGUCGUCCUCCAUGAAUAACGACAAACGAAGCCUGCCAGGGAAGCGGAAAGCAAUGAUGGUGCUGUUCCUGGCGGUCGUCUCGAUCUCCACCAUUUUCGUCGUCAAGGAUCUCAGAUUCUCCGGCCAGCCGCAACAACCACAAGUGGACGCCACGAAGAGGGUCGGUGUGCUGGAUGAAGCAGGCCGUCUGAUGGCCGUAGAUUCCCCACCACCUGCACAAUCGGACGGCGGGGAUUCGUUGACUGGGACGGGGACGGCGAAUUCGGAAUCUGAUAUUGAAAGAUUACCAUCUGCCAGCGACCAGUCACGUGUGUUGACGGAUGGGAGUCAGAGCGAGCAGCGGCCUUCGUUCCACACUUCGGUUCAGAACGGUUUCGGCCAUUCUCCGCCUGCAGGGGACGGGGAAGGGGACGAAGAGUUUGCGCCUGAUGCCUUGGGGGGAGAGAAUGCCGUGGGGAGGCAGAAUGAGCUGGGGGGGCAGGAGGCGUUGAGAGGCGAAGAUGCUUCGAGGGGGCAGGAUUCUUUAGAAGGGCAGGGUGCUUUAGGGGGGCAGGAUGCAUCAAAGGAAGGAGGGGUUGAGAUCGAGACUGAGGCUCGAGUGUAUGAACUACGAGAGAAGAAGAGGAAGAAGAAGAGGCGGAAGGAGAAGAAGGUGAAGAAAGAGAAGAGACCGAAGAAGGGCAGAAGGGGGAUGGGAGUGCGCGCGCCUGCUCUUCCCCCGCCCCCCUCUCCGCCUCCUCCCCCUGCCCAGAUCAACCCUUUGGAUCCCGUGCUUCCCCCAUCACAUCCUUGCGCCAAUUUCACCCUCCCACCGCCUUCCACUGACAGGAAGCGCACUGGGCCCAGACCCUGCCCCGUGUGCUACCUGCCGCUACCAGGCGCCAUGGGCAUCCGCCCGCCACGGGGCCACACGGAGGAGCCCAUUCUGAAGCACCUGGCGUACGUCACUGAGGACGACGCCAGUGAGAGGGCUGCCAGGCGGGCGGGCAACCGGCCGCGGUUCAACGGACACCAGUCGCUGCAGCAGCGGGAGGACUCGUUUAAAAUUCAAGAGAGCAUGCGCGUGCACUGCGGCUUUGUGUGGGGCGGCAAGGUGGGCAACGGCACGGGCUUUGACGUGUCGGAUGAUGACAGGCGGUUCAUGGAGCGGUGCUACGACAUUGUGGUGGUCUCGGCCAUCUUUGGCGCAUACGACGUGGUGCAGCAGCCGAGCAACGUGAGCGAGGAGGCGAGGCAGCAGCUGUGCUUCGUGAUGUUUGUGGACCACACCACCUUCACCGAGUUCAUAAGGGAUGGCACUCUCAAGCAGCCGCGCACCCGGAGAGUGGGCCUGUGGCGACUCGUGGUCGUGCACAACCCUCCUUACAGAGAUCCCAGGCGCACGGGCAAGAUCCCCAAGCUGCUCAUUCAUCGCCUCUUCCCCAACGUGCAGUUCUCCAUGUGGGUGGAUGCCAAGCUGCAGCUCGUGCAGGACCCCUACAUGAUUCUUGAGAGAUUCCUGUGGCGGGGCAACUUCUCGUGGGCGAUCUCGAAGCACUACAAGCGGUUUGACGUGUUCGUUGAGGCGGAGGCCAACAAGGCGGCGGGGAAGUAUCGCAACGCGAGCAUCGACGAGCAGAUGGAGGUGUAUCGCAGUGAUGGCAUGACGCCCUUUUCCGAGGACAAGAUGCCCAUCAUCAGUGACGUCCCUGAAGGGUGUGUGAUAAUGCGCGAGCACACGGCUCUCAGCAACCUGAUGGCGUGCCUGUGGUUCAACGAGGUGGAUCGCUUCACGUCCCGCGACCAGCUCAGCUUUGGGUACACGAGGGACAAGAUCUGCCGCAGCGUGCCCGCCUGGCGCCUCAACAUGUUUCUCGACUGCGAGCGCCGCAACUUCGUGGUUCAGGUCGGUGCUCUGCGGUGCAGGUCGGUGCUCUGUGGUACAGGGCAGUGCUCUGCGGUUCAGGGCAGUGCUCUGCGGUUCAGGGCAGUGCUCUGCGGUUCAAGAUGUGCUAAUCUCCAUGGCUCCUCCACCGCUCCUGCUCUUGCUCUCCCCACUGGUGCUGUGCCUCCUUCCCCCCUACAGGGCUAUCACAAGGACGUGCUGAUUCAGAAGCUCGAUGGCUCCCCCUGCUCUUCCCUCAUGCUCUCCCACACAUUGCCCCCCCUCCCCCCCUCCCAUCCCCUGCCUUCCCCCUACAGGGCUAUCACAAGGACGUGCUGA